AUGGGGCUCCUGUUCGUGGAGUCGCUCCCGGGGCCCAAGGUGUUCAGGUGCAAGUACUGCAGGGUGCACUCGGCGUCGCCGGACGCCAUCCUGUCCAAGGACUUCCGCGGCCGCCGCGGCCGCGCCUACCUCUUCGACAGCGUGGUGAAUGUGAGCCUUGGUCCCAACGAGGAUCGCUAUCUCAUGACUGGGUUGCAUACAGUGAAUGAUAUCUACUGUAGCUGCUGCCAACGACUCCUUGGCUGGAGAUAUGAUGCCUAUAAUUGCAUUGGGUCUCAUGAGUUUACAGGUUUCUAUUGA